AUGAUUAUUGUGGUGUGGUUUGUAGCACUAGUCGUGUCAUUGGCUCCACAGUUUGGAUGGAAAGACCCGGAUUACCUGGACCGUAUUAAUAUUCAACAGCGAUGUAUGGUCAGUCAAGACAUUGGCUAUCAGAUAUUUGCCACAUGUUCAACAUUUUACUUGCCUCUACUGGUCAUCUUGUUUCUUUAUUGGAAGAUAUUUAAGAUAGCCAGGAGAAGGAUUCGCAGAAGAAGAGCUCAAAGAAACGCAAUGCUAGAACAUUCGAGGUUGAAAAAGCCGGCGGACGAUGCGGCCGCCUCUGCCGAGCCCAAAAAAUGCGGUUUCUUCCGGAAGGCCGUUUUCCUGCGGAUCAAAAAGAAGAAGGAAGUGGAAGAGACGGCCGUGUGCUCGAGCAUCGGUCUGAUCGAUGGCCAUUCGAGCUGUUCGAUGCCCGAGUCGUCGCAGGACGGCGGCGGGGGUGGCGGUGGUGGACAGUCAAAGGCGGGCAACGGCAGCGGAAGUGGUGGAGGAAGCGUGGGCGGAAGUGGUGGUGAAGACAAGACCACCGCGUUCACGAUCACUACGAACCACGAUCAUGGGGCCACGUCAGCAGCACACCAUCACCACCACCACCACCAUCAACACCACCAGCACCAAAAUCAGCUCCAGCCCCCGGUGAUCGAGGACGACGGGCCCACCAUCACGGACCCGUCGGCCGGCCGGCACACGGUCAUCGAGAUGAACGUGAAUAGGGUAUGCGUUCCGGCGCCUGCUAGGGUGAAGACGAAGCGCGAGAAGAAGGAGUCGCUGGAGGCGAAACGCGAACGGAAAGCGGCUAAGACAUUGGCCAUCAUCACUGGGGCGUUCGUCGUGUGUUGGCUGCCAUUCUUUAUCAUGGCCCUGGUUAUGCCCCUGUGCCAGGGGUGUGUGAUCAACGAGUACGUGUCCAGCUUCUUCCUGUGGCUGGGUUACUUCAACUCCACCCUGAACCCGAUCAUCUACACCGUCUUCAGUCCCGAGUUCCGGUUGGCUUUCACCAAAAUGAUUUGUGGCACGACGUAUAGGAGAUAA